AUGAAUCUUGUUCAAGAAAAAAUUACUAAAAUCCUCGAAGAUGGUGGUAUGAAUGAUAAGUUUAAGAAAACAAAAUUAAUAGAAAUAUUCAAAAAUACCACAAAAAAUAGUAAAGAAUUUGCAAAAGAAAAAUUUGAAUUCUGGGUUGAAAAUUAUUAUCAUAUGCGUAUAAAUCAAGUACCUAAAGAUAAAGAUAUGAAAAGAUGGAAAUCCAUCAUGAAUGAUGUCUCAACCAGGAAUCUUGUCACUGAGGUCAACCUUGAAUGCCUCGAAUCUGGCAUCUCGUUCAAGGCCAUGGAUGGCUCACGCAUCGCAUUGAUAUCUAUGUUUCUCGAUUCUAAAGAUUUUGAUAAAUUCGUUUGUGAUAGAGCGGUUUCGGUUGGUGUGAAUAUCUCUUCGCUGAACAAGAUUCUCGCUCGUGUAAAUGACAACGUGAGCAUGUUGCUCAAGAUCGAUCAAGAUUCUCUUGAUAUUAUUAAUAUUGA